AUGACUGUACAACUAAAGGUAUUUUUUUUAAUUUAGCUUUUCAAAAUUAACAUUCUUUAAGUUACUAUGUAUUUGACAUUUUGGUAUGUGUAAACAUAUAAAUAUAUUUUUAAAAUUUCCACAGCUUGCGAACAUCAUCUUUCCGGAGGAGAAGAAUUAUGUAACAUUUCUAAAUGAGAAGAAGGCAUCAAUGGAGAAAAUAAACGAAACGACAAAGGAAAACAUAGGAAAAUCGCAGGAGAAGCAGAAGACGACGUAUGCGAAGAAGGUGUUGAAGAAAAAGAAGGAUGUGUUGUACAGUGUUGGCGACGAGGUCCUUCUUUAUAAUAUGAGGAAGCGUGGUAGGAAAGGAGGAAGGAUAGAGCCGGACUUCUCUGGUCCUUAUAUUAUCAAGGAGUUGUGUGGCAAGGUGGUGAAAUUGGAGAAUUUGUGCGGAGUUACUCUAAAGAAAAAGAUCAGCAUCGACCACAUCAAGCCAUACAGGAGGAGUAAGGAAAACAAAGCCCACAGGCACAAAGGUGAUGUUGAAUUGCCUAAUGAAAUCGGCACCUGCGUGUCCUCCAUACCAUCAAGGACCUCUGUCAUCUAUUUUGCUGCACCGGAAAAGGAGGUACCACCAAAUUUACUACCCGACUAUAAUUUAUUAUUUUUUUAUUGUGCAUAUAGCGAGCCUUGUUCUUUUUCUUCAUUUAUGUAGUAUUUUUAUUUUAAAUUAAUGUUAAAUGUAAGUGAUUAACAUGAUUUUCUUUUCACAAGUCAUCUGCAUCUUUGAUUGUCAUGCAAAGCAUAGAAGACAGAGGUAGCAGUUACUGGGUUCUUUUUUUUUUUUAGUUUGACAUUGUUGGUCAUUUGUUUGGCCAUGCCCUGUUCACUCUGUUGCAAUUCUGGCACUUUUUUAAUUUAUUUUUUGGUACAGUUGCCACUGUUUGGCAUCGUGUUAUAUCCAGUUCUCGUUAUUAACCAUACAUGUUUGAUAUUAUACCAAAGAACCUAUACAGGUUGAGUUAUCCCCUUGUCAGAAAUGCCUCAACAUUUAUUUUUCAAUACUUAAUUUUAAGAUAAGGCAUACUCAACCUGUAUUAGCUUUGGAUCCAGAAUGUACAGUUACAUACCUGGAGUUAAAUUUUCUUCCUGUAUUUUUUUUUUUAGUUAAAAGCCUGUGGGAAGCUGAAGAUGACGGAUCUGUGGAAGCAGUUGUGGGACCAUACAAGCUGUAUGUUUCUUCGUUCCGUACACUGCAUGGUAAUAAUUGGCUGGUUGAUGAGGUAAGAAAAUAAAGUGUUAUUCAUUAGUGUAAUGCUAAAAUAUAAAAAAAAAUAUUUAAUAAUUGAUGAUUUUUUUUUUUAUGCAGGUGAUUGAUGCAUUCAUUCAUCAUCUUAUUGUGAAGCAUCAGGCAAGUGUGAAUUAUGUUUAUUUCUGGGUUAUGUUAGUUGAGUUAUUAUUUUGCAUUAUAAUUUUCCCUCUAUUGAAACAGGAACCUGUUCGACAGUUUGAUGCGGUACUGUCAUCUGUAUUAUUUUAUGGUGCAAUAGAAAAUCUUGGAAAGGUUAGUGACUUGUUAGAAUUCCAUUUUUAUAAUAUUGAAUAUAUCUAUUUAUAAUUAAUUACUUAUUUGGCUUUCUAACUUAUUCUUCAGAUGAAGUUUCCAGUCGAAGAUCUGUGGUUAUGCCCUAUAAACGUUGGAGCUCACUGGAUUUUAUUGGUAUUUAUUAUUAAAAUAAUUUAAUUUCCCUUUCUUUACUUAUGUUGCCAUGCACUAUUAAAUUCUAUGCAUAUUCUAUGUAAAUAUAUUUAACUACAAUCCUAUGACACCACAAUGCUCAUUUACUCUAUAUAGUGUUGGCAAAAAGUAGGUAUACAGUAGAAUGAUAUAUAAUAGUGCAAUACUGUAUUUAAUGGUUAACAAUUAUUGAGUACAGUAAUGCAGUCACAAACACAUAUUGAUAGAAUGCUCAAAACUCAUAAGUGGCGGUGAUCUCCGGUCUUCUCAUUCCGAUAUCCCAAUAAAAUUCAUGUGGAACGAGGGGGAAAAAAGAUACAUAGAGUAUAUCCUUAUGGUAAAGAGAACAUUUAUUCCAAAACUUACAAUCAGGUAAAAAAUAGUCAAAUCACCAACUCCAUUGAAGAAUCCACCAGGGAAAUAAUCAGGGUACUGGAAUUGAUAUAAAUAUAAAAACAAUAAAUCAAUAUACAGUCCUAGGCGUUUCGUCCAGUCAUAUGGACUUUGUCAGGGACAAUGCAAAACAAUCGGUUAUAUAAUCAGUUUACUUACUGAUGAUCACUGAUAUUUAAACGACAAUUUCUUAUGUUGUGACGUUCAUUGAUCACACUGUAUAUUUACUUUUUGGUCCACCUGGUAUAUUUAAAAUAUUAAUGUAAUCACCAAACUUGGAUGAUUUCACAAUAUAUUUUUUAGGUUGUCAUCAUGUCCAAGAAGGUCGUUGUGCUAAUGGAUCCAAUGGCAAAUGAAAACCGCUAUGUUUCAAAAGUGCAACACAACUUGCAGUAA